CGGUGCGGCGACCGCUUUUGCCGCCCGGUUGCGGUGAGGACAAUGGCCAGCCCAGAGGACGACCUCAUCGGCAUCCCCUUCCCCGAGCACAGCAGCGAGCUGCUGAGCUGCCUGAAUGAGCAACGGCAGCUGGGGCUGCUCUGCGACGUCACCAUCAAGACGCAAGGGCUGGAGUACCGCACCCACCGUGCUGUCCUGGCUGCCUCCAGCCGCUAUUUUAAGAAGCUCUUUGCAGGGCCGGGGCCAGGGCAGGAGGUCUGUGAGCUGGACUUUGUGGGGCCAGAGGCACUGGGUGCACUGCUGGAGUUUGCUUACACAGCCACACUGACCAUAAGCAGCGCCAACAUGGGCGAGGUGCUGCGUGCUGCCCGGCUGCUGGAGAUCCCCUGUGUCAUUGCUGCCUGUGUAGAGAUCCUGCAGGGCAAUGGGAUGGAGGCACCUGGCCCCGAUGAUGGCGACUGCGAACGCGCCCGCCGCUACCUGGAGGCUUUCUCCACCCUCCCCGAGGGUGAGGUGCCCGCCCCACCACCCCCCCGCCCCACCCCCCGCCGCAGCAAGAAGACCCGCAAGUUCCUGCAAGCCCGUGGUGCCCGUCUCAACAACCAUGCCGAGGAGCCACCCACUGAGGCCGAGGGUUCUGGCAGCCCCCCGCCGCCCUCCCAGCUGCCCUCGCCCCCUCUGCCUGAGGGGCUGCCCCUGCCAUAUGACAGCUUUGAGCUGCCUGAGGAGGAGGAGCUGCCCCCACACUCCUUCCCCUUCCCCUACCAGCCACCCCUGUCCCCUGAGGAGGCUGCUUCUGAUGACGACGCCAUCGACCCCGACCUGAUGGCGUAUCUGAGCUCUCUGCACCAUGAGUCGCUGGCGCCUGGGCUGGAUAGCCCUGACAAGCUGGUGCGCAAGCGCCGCUCGCAGAUGCCCCAGGAGUGCCCUGUGUGCCACAAGGUCAUCCAUGGCGCCGGCAAGCUGCCCCGCCACAUGCGCACGCACACGGGCGAGAAACCCUUCGCCUGCCAGGUCUGUGGAGUCCGAUUCACACGGAAUGACAAAUUGAAGAUCCACAUGCGGAAGCACACAGGUGAGCGGCCCUACUCCUGCCAGCACUGCAGUGCCCGCUUCCUGCACAGCUAUGACCUGAAGAACCACAUGCACCUGCACACAGGCGCCCGGCCCUACGAGUGCUACCUCUGCCACAAGGCCUUCGCCAAGGACGACCACCUCCAGCGGCACCUCAAGGGCCAGAACUGCCUGGAGGUGCGGACCCGCCGCCGCCGCCGUGAUGAGCCCCCUCCACCGCCCGCUGGGCCCCCCGGCCUCGACCUCUCCAACGGGCGGCUGGAGGGGCUGCGCCUCUCCAUCGCCCGCUACUGGGCUCCAGGGCAGCCCGAGGAGGAGGAUGAGGAGCCGGAGGGUGAGGAGGGGCCGCAGCCAGAUGGCACCGUGCCGGUGGAGAUGGCAUAG